GGGGUGAGGGAGAUUUUUGGCUCCCGUCGCGUACCCUUUCCUCCCGCCGCGUCCCUGCUCGCGUGCGUUCGGCAGGCGCGCGCGCGAGGCGAAGACGGGCAUGCACGCGUGCGCCGGCGCAUUCUCGUCCCGCGUGCGUGUGCGCGAUUCAAUUGCUCUAGCCCCUGUCGCGGGAACAGCGCCGCCGCCGCCGCCGCCAACCCGCCUCAGUCAGUCACUCAGCCAGCCCUGAGAGGGAGAAAGGGAAGGCGAGGGAGCGGGCGGGAUUAUUAUGGGCUGUGGGUGCUGCUGUUGCUGAGGCUGAGCAAAGAUGGAGCUCUCUGCAGUGGGCGAGCGGGUCUUUGCGGCCGAAUCCAUCAUCAAGCGGCGGAUCCGAAAGGGACGCAUCGAAUACCUGGUGAAAUGGAAAGGCUGGGCCAUCAAGUACAGCACUUGGGAACCCGAGGAAAACAUCCUAGAUUCUCGCUUGAUUGCAGCCUUCGAGCAAAAGGAACGUGAGCGUGAGCUUUAUGGACCUAAGAAGAGAGGACCUAAGCCUAAAACUUUUCUGCUAAAGGCUCGAGCCCAAGCAGAUACCCUACACAUUGGGGAUGUACAUUUUUCUGUCAAGCCCAGUUCUAGCACAUCCUCACCGAAACUGCACUCCAGUGCUGCAGUGCACAGGCUCAAGAAGGACAUCCGAAGAUGCCACCGUAUGUCCCGGCGCCCAUUGCCCCGCCCGGAUCCACAGAACAGUGGAGUGGGUGGGAGCACUGGCAUCCGCCCCCCUGUCUCUCCUUUCUCAGAGACUGUACGCAUCAUCAAUCGCAAAGUGAAACCUCGUGAGCCCAAGCGUAGUCGUAUCAUUCUCAAUCUGAAAGUCAUUGAUAAAAGUGGCAAAGGAGCAAGUGGGGGAGGAAACUUGGCUCGUUCUAAGAUCCCUUCCCGAAAUCGUGUAAUUGGUAAGAGCAAGAAGUUUAGUGAGAGCAUGCUUCGUAAUCAGAUCCGCCACAUGAAAUUUGGAAACUUCCCUCUGUAUAACAAGCCAUCUAUUCCAUGCCCAUCAUUAGAGGGGAAGACAGAGGCAGGAGGUUCUCAAGGUGCUUCUUGUGGACUCGUGGGCUCUUCUGCCUAUGAUGCCCGCAGUUCCAGCUCCUCUGAUUGCCCCUCACCAGCUCCACACUCCUCAUCUGAUCCAGAUGAUUCCCCACCAAAGCUGCUCCCUGAGGUUCUAAAUCCUGCCAUUCCUGACUGGCGUGAAUCUGAGGUCCUCGAUCUGUCAAUUCCACCUGAGUCAGCAGUGACCAGUAAGCAGUCACCUUCCAGAGGGAAUGGAAUAGGUCAGAUCCCAUCCUCUCCAUUGUCUUCUGACCCAGAACAGGAGGCUGGUGAUUGGCGACCCGAAAUGUCUCCAUGCUCUAAUGUGGUAGUUACUGAUGUCACCAGCAAUCUAUUAACGGUCACAAUCAAGGAAUUCUGCAAUGCUGAAGAUUUUGAAAAAGUGGCAGCAGCCGGAGGUGGUGGAGGAGGAGGAGGCAAAUAAAGAGGUGUCUUCCUCUUUCACAAAUGUUGGGGGAGGGGUCAAGGAGGCUAUACUGUAAGACCAUGCAUGAUAUGAGUGCUUGCUUUCUUCUCUCUCUCCCUUCUCAUCUGUUCUUUCUCUUUGCUUGGAAAUUAAGUUGAUAGAGGAAUGGAAAUAGAUGUGUUUGAAAUUCUCCAAAGUCACAGCUAUUAGGACUCAUGCUGGGAAAUACAUUUUCCUUUUGGGUAUAUUUGGAGGUCUUCAAAAAUUGCAUCUUUUUGACAGGAGCCUGAUAAAUAAGAGCCUGGGAGAAUGGUGGGUAUAUUAAGUGAAAGAUAUAUUUUCCUCUCAUGUUCAAAGGAAAAACAGAAGUAACCCUUUGGCCAAACUCAAAGGUGGGGAGUUUAUUUUCCAUAAAUUGCCACUUUAUUCCUGUCACCUUUCCUGUAUAUUUGUAAUUUGACAAAGAUAAUUUGGAUUGACAAUAUCCAAGGAAAGUGUCACCCUUGUUAUGGGAAACUGCUACAGAACUUAGAAACUGUCAUGGAACUUCAUAGGGAUUGGGUGUGCCUAAUCCUGCAGUGCAUUUCUGAAUGUUGUUCCACUGUGCAUGUAUUAGAAGUGCAAAUAAGGUCAUUGUGUAGCACUUACAGAUGGCUUAGGCCCAUUUUCCCCUUUUCAUUAGCCUUGAAUUAUGUCUCCAUUAGUUCCUGAUUGUAAUACAUUUUGUAUUUUUUUUACUGUUAAGCUAAAGCUGCUUCAGCCUUAUGAAGCUGUUAGUCUUAUCUUGCAUCAUUUAUUCUUCUUUACAUAUGAGAUGCAUGAGCUUUAUUUUUUUUUAAAUCUUAUUUCCCAAAAAAAGUGGGGCCUAAUACUCCUUUAGAAAAGUGCAUUGAGAUGCAACCGACUAUUCUUUCAGCGAAGUAGGGAAAAGGUGCUUGCUUGUGCUUUUCCUUCUUUCUAUUUUUUUCUCAGUAAAAGAGAUGGAAGAACAUUCAUUUCUGCAGUUCCUAAGAUUUCAAGUUGCCUGUACAGUUGCCAACCAAAGGUGCUAAGAACAUAUUGUAAACAAUAUUUAUUAUAUGUCUCUUGGAUCUUGGUAUGUUUGUUGGGAGAUAGUAUGUAUGUUUAGUGUAUGCUUGCCUCUUCCUCCCAUCCACCCGCCUGCAAUACCUUCCUUUCCUUUAAUUCAUUCAUACUGAAACCUAAAUACUCUGCCUUGAAAGCAAAUAAUUGUUUUUGCUGUAUUGCCUCCACCUCCACCACCUACAAAUGUUAGGAACAAUGACUCCAUAUAUUGAUGACUAACAUUCACUGACUCCAUAUAUUGAUGACUAACAUUCACUGAAGUAGUAAAUAAUUUCUUCAAAUUUCCACUUCAUUGUUCUUUUGUCACAUGUUCUAGCUUUGAUGCAAACUUUUCCUCCCCUAUACUAUGCCUCCAAUUUGUUAAUAGUGGCAUAUGUGGGUAUGUAUGUAGUGCUGUCCAGCAAACUAUUUAUACAUUGUUACAUUAUGAUGGGAAGGAUGUGUUUGAGGUAAUUCUUAAGGGCUCAACUGCAUGCUGUGCUGUCACUGAAAUAACUAACUCUUGUUCUUAAUGGCAUGUCUCUUCUCUAUGUUCCAGUCUGAACAAUUGUCUUUUAGUCUGCUUAGGGAUUUUUUUUUGUUUCAUUUUUUUUUGUUUUUUUAAAGUUAAUUAACAAUACAUGUGAAGCCUGGUGCUGCAAAUACUGUGGCAUUUAAUGCUUGAUUGAGAAGGUUUUAAAAAGCAGUGGUUUAAUUUCUCAAUUAGAAAGGACUUUUUCAUCCUUUUCCUUCCCGUGUUUUCUUUUUAACAUUCCUCUCUUUCCUUCGAGGACUUUGCAGAAUUCCAUUUGUUUAUAUCCAUGCUUAAGAAGUCAGAACUUUGUUAGAAAAAAGAUUGAGAGCAGAUGAGUGUUAGAGCCCUAAAUAUUAGUGUCUAUACAUAGAUGCCUACCAAAAGCAAAGUUUAUGAUGUUAAGCAUUGUGUUGUUUGUGACAGUUUGAGUGUGGUGAAUAUUGAAGAGAUAUUCAAGUUUUGCUGUUAUCCAGUCAUGCAUUCUCUUUAGUGUCUGUUAAUUUUUUUUAAAAAAUGAAUGAAAUCUACAAGGUGUGCAGGGUUAUUACCUCCAUGCUCCUCCCGCUAAUAUAUAUAACUCCAAGGCUUUCUGUUAUUCCACAGAUGCAUGCUUUGGAAUUAACUGUUUGUAAUUUUUUUGUGAAAUCAGUAAAACAAGCUGUUCCAUUGCAUUGCCUCAAGAAUAGGAGGCAUUAUCAUGAGAGUUUAUUUUAAUGGCUUCAAAGGUGGGUGGGCUGGGCUGGGCUGGGCUGGGCUGGGCUGAGGAUAGAGAUAUAUAAUAGGGAUAGAACAGGGAGACUUGUAUUAAAAAAAGACUUUAAGAGAGAAAAAUAGAAUUAUUUUAUGAAAUUUCAAGAGGAAAUAUAAGGGUGAUUGAAUAGUCAAUUCUGUUCUACAAUUGCUUAUUUUUGUGGCAUUUUGUUAGAAACAAAUUAGAUAGUCAUUGUAAAAAGGAAUUUCAGUAGGAAACUCUUCAGAUACUUUAGCACACAAUCUCUUGGCCGAUUUCCCCUUGUUCCUCGGAGUCUCUUGUCACUUCAGUUUCUGUGAGUUUCCAUAGAAUAUGGUUUUUAACUUUUUUAGAGGUAUUAAGAAAAAUAGUCAUUAACAAAGGGGCCGAUUUCAACAUAUAGCUCCUCCAAAUGCAUCAAACAAGUCGCAAGUUUUGUUUGAUUUUAUUCCAUCCAAAAAGAGACUAACUACUAGAAAUAGUGGAGUGUGUAACUGGAGAGAAUGAAAGGAGGAGAUGAAAUGAUUUCUCCUUCCUCUUUUAACGUGAAGAUAUUGGGUAUACGUUUUAUGCACUAAAUACUUGCUCAGGAGGUAUAUCUGCUUAAAACUAACAUGUACAUGUUUACUGCCUCUUGAGGCAUAAAAUUUCCUCCGUACAUUUUGUUCUUUAUUAUGAUACAUGGAAAACAAAUAAGGAUUCUUUGUUUUCAUAACAUGAAAAACUGCUUGAGGAGAAGUCAAAGACUCUAGGACUUAUCCCAAGCUGCUUGAAUAGCAGUUCUUCGACUGCUAUAAUUGCCACUGUAGCAAGUGUUUAAAAAUGAAAGCAGUAAAUUAGGGGUGGAAAAAUUAUGAUCCAAAAGUUGCAUGUCGCCCUCCAGCAUAACUUUGUGGGGCUUGUUCUUCAUUUUAAGUGUUUUAAGGAAUACAACUAUUGCUUUAAAACUCAACAUACUAAUGUAGCACCUACUGUACUCCUGAACCCCUCCUUUCAGAUGGGGCCUAGCCUUUCCCAUUUUUGUAUGUCACAUGUUACAUCUGAUGUAGCUCUUGAAUUAAUGGAAGUUGUGCACUCCUUCUCUUUAAUUAUUAUUCCUUAAAUCUUUUGGAGUAGUAGCAAUUGCAGUCAGUUGAUCUGUCUAGUUUUGCCUUGCUUGUGCUGAUCACUGGAGAUUUAGCUGAAAAUAUUUGAACAAGUAGUGUUUGAGUAAGAAAUCUCUGGCAGGUUGCUAUUGAGCUAGUUUGGUAAAACAGAUUAUGGUGCUAAUUGUUAGUUGUAUUGUUGUUAUCGCUCCUAUCUCAUUACAACCAGCAGACUAUUUUAAGAAUGAGCUAACGUUGUGAACUAGAGUAAUUCAUUCACAGAGGUAUAAGGGAUUUGAGCCAGAUUGAUGCAAAGAAAUGCCUGCUGUUUGGACUAUAAAAUAGCCUUGUAGCAGCUUCUAAUUAAUUUGGGGAGUUUUGUACUGUCAGCAACGUACCAAUCUAGUUGCUCUUGCCUGCUUCCAGGGGCUAGAAAAAUUCUUCACAUCGAAAGAAUCAUCACUUUUAAGAACAGGGGGAGACCAGUUGUGUGUAAUACUGGAAUGCAAUAUUAUUCUUGCCUUAGAUUAUUUUUCCCUUCCUAAUUUGGCACAUGCUCUAUAAAAGCAAAUUGUGUCAAUCUUUUCUGUUAAAAGAAAACCUUGUUCCAUAAUGCAGUCAAACCACUAGAGGGUAAUAUAGAGCUAUUGUUGUGUUUUAAUGAUUUGAGCUUUGUUUAUUACCUUGAAUCUUAAUUUCUCCUUAUAUGUUAAAGGAUAAAAGCCCUUCUAUACAUACAGUCUGUGCAAAGAUAUCAUAUGAGUUGUAUGUAUGGGUUUUCUUUGUAUCUGUGCCAUGCUUGUGGCCACUUUUAUUAUUAGGAGAGUUUGAUGGGGUAGGGGUUGAGAAAGAAGACUAGUUUUGCAAAUAAAAGAAAAAAAAGAAAAAAGGAAAAGUUCUUUUUUUAAAAAAGAGAAGAUUUUUACAGUCAGAGGAGGAUAGAGAUUUAAAAAUAUUAAAUGCAGUAAUUGCACAAAAGUAGUGAUAUUAGCUGGUCCUUAAAGAAAAGAGUAUUUUUACAUUUAUGAGUGGUAGAGAGGAUGGCAUUCAGAUAAUUUAAAUUGGGAAGGAAGAGCAAAGAAUGUAAGAAGAGGUACAGCUUCUCAACUGAGGAAGCAAAUCUUAGAGAAAAUUCUUCCUUCUGUUACCCUUAACUUGAAGGAGUAGGGAGAAUGCCUCCUUCCAUAGUUAUGAAGCCAGAAUUUAGCCUUGUUCUGUUUGUCAGGCGGGACUAUGUGGCAUUUUAUUAUUAACUUGUUCAUGCAAGUUAUCAGUUGUACUUCAUGAUGAUCUGCUGAAUUGAAUGGGACAUGUUGCUGCUUUGUGGUUUUCAGUAAGAUCUGGGAUCUCUGACAAGCAAGAUGUAUGUGUGUUUGGUAGCUGUGAAGGAAACAUGCCCUUAUAAUCUGGCAAAACAUUCAGUGAUAAAAUCAGUUCAUUGAUACUGAGAUUGGUAUACCAGAAAUUCUUUUUCUAACCAAAUCCACAUUACAUCUUUCAUACUUGUAUAACCAAGAUUUUUACAAGUGGGUAAUAGCUUUCCUACAUUAAGAGAUAUGAUCAGAGCUUUGUUGAAGAAAGCAAAAACUAAAGCAAUUUUCCCAACAUUGGCACAGUCCAAAUGUGUUGGAAUUGCAACUCCCAAAAUUCCCAGUCAUUUAGUAGUUAGAGUAAGAAUGUUGGAGAACCACAAGAUGGGAAAAACUGCACUAAACUAAUUCUGAUAGUUUGGGCCAUGGUGAUUAUUUUCAUCCUGAGACAUAUGGAAAAUGAGAAGAAAAAAGCAAAUGUAGCCAUGCAAAUCAAAUAUAAUCUUAAAAUAUUGAAGGAAGAUAUAUAAUGAAAGGAUAAUAUGAUGUAAGUCACAAUUGCCCAAGGUGAUAAUUGUGUAUUUAUGUUAUCCAUAAAAAUCACCUAUAAAGUGAUGAUUGUAGAAGCUGAGUGUGAGCAAGUGCUAGGAAAGAAUUCACACGACCCAAUGGCACUGUAACAGUAUUGCCUAUAUUCAAUUUUCUAUUACUGUCCUUGCAAUCUAAAUGUGUGAAUACCAUGUUAGUCAUACGGGCAGAUACAGAUCAGAUCAUUGAUGUGGAAAUCACAGGGCAGGCAUUGGACAAGACUGGGGAAGGAUAGCUGUUCUUAUUGAAACAUGAUUAUGUUCUACUAUUCUAGUGUAGUGCUAUAGUAUUCGUUAUAAUUUUCAUGUUUUUGCUUGCAUGGAAAUUAGCAUUUUUAUUUUGGCUCUUAAUUUUUAAUGUCUCAUAACCUGCAACAAGGAUUAAUGGAAAAUUGACAUCUACUUAAGAAAUAUUAAAUAUAUUCCCAAGGAAACAAAGUACUGCUCCCUAAUGUAGCCAGAUUUGUGCCUGUAUUUUAAAGAUAACUUUUUUCAUCUAUUUACUCUUACAAAAGCUUUCUCAGCUAUUUUUUACUAGUUGAACUAUAAUAUCUUUGCCCACUGAGAUUGCUAUUUCACUCCAUGCUAAUCAUACUUUCUUAUAGCCUCUGGAUAGGUAUAACACUGAGAAGGCUUGUAAGUCAACCUAUUUGGAGAGCAUAAGACUAGAGAAGGCUAUACAGCACAUAGAACUUUCUGUGUCUCCUUAAACUAGGUGUAUAGUUUCUCAGUAUCGUGUGGCAGCUCCCAUGAUCCUGGAAAAAGACACAGCCACCGUAUGAUGUUGCAGACAGAUAUUGUAUUCAUACUCCUGAGUGCUCCCAGAUGCCUUCUGGAGAUAAAUACAACCACAGCACAGUCUUAGGUUGUUGAUUGGCUUGAUACAUGAAAUGGGCUGUGAAAGAUUAAAGUAUGGCAACAAGAAGCCCCUCUUCAGGUUCUGUUGAUCCUUCUCGAGAGGAUAAUUUCUUUUGUUGCUCAAUAACUCAGCCCUGCCCAUUUGAAGAUUAUCUCUCUUUGUAUACUAUUAUGAUUAGUUGUUUUUAAUUGAUUUUUAAAAUGAUGUUAGCUGCCCAGAGCUGCUGCUUCUCAGAUAGGUGGCUAUAUAAAUUAUCUGAAAUAAAUUACAGAAGAAUAAUCCGUCUAUUUUAAUUUCUAUUUAAAAGGGGUGGGAUAUUAUCUGAGUUGAGUGUUCAGUGUUUGUCUUUUUCUGUUUAGAAGAAAUUUGAUUUCUUUGCUGCAUUUCCUGCUGUCCAUCUUCUAUAUAGUCUAAUUCUGGGUAAUUGAUACGGAGAGGAAAACAAGAGAAUUCACAUAUUGCCCCUAUUGGGGAAUUGUUACGUUUAUAAAGUAAAUUGGAAAACAUUGGGAUCCAGCAGUUUUAGGAUUCCUAUCGGGUCAUGUAAUGUAAUAGAUUUGGAAUGUAUUUCCAGUUGGUCAGGUUCCACUACUGGAGCCCUGGUGUCUCUGUUCAUACUCCUUCUUGCCCCAAGGCCUUGCACUCUUUUACCUGAUGUAUUCACGUUCCAGUGUUGCUUGCUUUGCUGCUUUUUUGACUGUUUGCUGAUGGUGCAAAGCUGAGAUAUUUUCAAUAUAAGUAUAUGUACUAUGUAUAUAUCAAUAAAUAAUCCUCCACUUAACCCUCCACCAUGCUUUGUGAUAAUAAAGACAGCUUGGGCCAGUAGUAUGACCAUAAUUUUGAGAACUAGGAAUAUCUAGUUGUGGUCUGAAAGAAUGCUGUGAUUUAUAAGCUGUUUAGUUUUAUUUUUGAGAUCUCCUUUUUUCUCUAGCUGAAAUUGGUUUUAAGAAGAAGAAGGGAAGCUUGCUGUUCUCAGUGCUUAUAAACACUUCUGAAUAUUUAUACUUCCUUUUAAUAUUUCCGUAAUUAAAUAUUAGGUUUCACUUAACUUACAUAUUGAAAAUCUUAAGAGAUGAAGUUUGGGAUUGGAAAGUUCUCCUUCCCAACGUGGCUUUUUUUCAGCUUGAUACAACCUCUAAUCUGACCUAUGCAUGAUCUGUUUUUAUUGAUUUAAAGAUUAUUUAUCAGGGUUACUUCUGAAUGAUUAAAUGACGUGAAAAACAUGGAACUGCCUUACACUGUGUUAGCUAUUUAUUCAGUCUGGCUUAUAGGCAUGAUCCCUCUGAGAUGAGAAGUUUCAGUGGGUGAUGCUUGAGACUGAGCUCAAGCCCCAGUGUAAUUUUUAUGUCCCUUUGUUUAUACCAAGUCCUGAAUAUUUUUUAUACUAUAUAUUUUGAAGGAACUUCUAAAACUGAAAAGUAGAUGAAGUUAUCCUGCACGUAUGCAUCUAGACUUGACAUUGACAUAGAAUCAGAACCUUCCCCAAGUUUGUAAUUUUACAAUUGGUAAAUUGUACAAUUGAUAUUCAACAUCUAAAAACAUUGGAUUAUUUAUAUUCCUUUUUAAAUGAUUGCUAACUAUAAGCAAAGCUUGAUGGAAAAAAUGUCAAAAUUACUUCUUAGCAGAAUUCUGAGUAAUGAUAGCAUAUUUUCAGUGUCAUGUAUUAUUUUUAGGGAUGAUGCACAAAGUUUCAGAUUCAUAAUAUUUUAAGUAUGAAACAAUUCUGACCAUUCCAGAGAUAUUUUGAAAUCAAUGUGAGCUCUUUGAUAUUCAACAUUUAUUCUUUGAAUUUGAAAUGGUUUCAAGCUCAAAAUAAUUUUGGAAAAGUUCAGGCAAUCCAUUUUAAAUUUGAAACAACUCUUGUGAACUUGAAACUGAGUAUUUCAAGCCCCUGUUUGUUAUAAAUAUAUGCAAUUGUUCUUAAUUUGUAUAACUUAGAAUCCUGCAAACUCUAGAUUACUUUUUUGUGAAAAUUCCGUUUGCAUACAUACCUGUAAGUGUUCUGUGAAUGCAUAUGUACACAUGCACUCACAUAAUAUCAUUGAAAUGCAUAAGACUUAAUUGUUAAGGAAAUUGCUGAACAAAACCAAUGCAAUCUCAGUUACUGUAUAUUAUGAAAAGGUAAUGUUAUGGUAUUAGGAAAAGUAAAUUCCUCUAGAGGUUGACAGAUGUAACUUACAGCAUCUUCAUUGUCAGUCUUGCAAUGAGUUGUAGUCCAACAAUUGUUCAUUUAAGUACAAAAACUCUACAGUACUCAUGUAAAUCCUUCUGACUUCCUAAGUUCCUUGGGAUUUACCUGGUUGCAUUCUUUAUUCUUCAGUAGGGUGGAUAAUUUUUUCCCUGUACUUGAAUUUUUCUAUAUAUCACAGUUAAAAUAUUGACAAGGAAAAAGCAUGCCCCGGAGAGGUCUGGUUCCCGACUCUCGUAAUUUCCUAAUGAGUGGUCCUUAUCUGGCACUUGCACCAUAAGGGCUGCAGAGAACAUCUGAACAGGCGUCACAUUCUUUGCUUGUGAAGAUGGAAGAUAGUUGCAGUGCAGUUUUAUUUACAAUACUUACUAGAAAGAGUAUACUCUAGGACGGGUGUCAAACUGCCGGCCCGCAGGCCAGAUGCGUCAUGCUGAAACCGCGCCCACCCCAGCUCUGGCAAUGGGGAAAAAGUCGUGAUACGUCAUGACACGUCACGUGAUGUGGUGAGUUUGGCACCCCUGCUCUAGGAGAAAGAGACCACAUCUAGUAUUAUAUGAAUAGGCAAGACAGAGAAGUAGGAGAAAACCAAGGAGUAUACAGUUUUUUAAAUGAAUUUAUCUUUGCAGUGGACAGUAAAUUAUUGUUUAGAGGUGAAACUGCUUGGGAGAUUAUUGUAAACUGAUUCCUUUGAUUGGAUUCAUUUAGAUCAUUUAGAACCAUGAAAAACCUGGUUCCUGGUUUAUAUAGCACUUAAAAAUAUUGUAAGCACAUAAUUUAAACUCUGCAUUAUCAUAUUGGCAAACUUUUUGUGCCAUGUUAAAGGACCCCCCUUAUCUAAGAGUGAUUGAUUGUGUCUAUCAAAUAAUUAACUAUUCCUACUUAUAAGAAUGGCUUGUAGCAGAGAGCCUGUUAAGAUUCUUUAAUUUUGCAGCAUUUGGAAAUAGUUAUAUGUAUUUACUAGUUUUGUUAUAUUUUGAGGCACUUCACCAAAUAGGAAAAUUUUCCACAUUUCACAUUUGAUGGUCAGGAAAGCACUCCCUGGUUCUGCUGCAUUUUCAUUAUUCUGUCAAGCCAGAUAAAUAUUACAAUUAUCUGUAUCUGUCUUUGCAGGCUGCAGUUAGUAAUGGGAGAUAGUUCUGUGGUGUUUAUAAGAUCUUAUCAGCACUAAGGCAGAUAUCUAAUUUGAUAACAAAGAUGUUUUUACAGUUGCCUCAUUUGGGAUCAAUUCCAAAACAGCACUUUGGAGCAUAUAAGGGCAGGAAUGUAGCACUUGUCUGCAGUUUUUUAAAGCAGCCACAUCAUCUCAGUGAUGUACUGGUGCUUUAAAGAGCUGUAGAGAGAUUAUGUUUUCACUCUCAUGUUCUCCAAAAUACUUUUUUGAAAAUGAAUCUGAAUACUGCAAGCCCUAAUAAUUUUAAAUCCAAGAGUUUAUAGGACCUGGAAUGCAAAAAUAAUAAUAAUGGGAGCAGGCAAAUGCAGGAAUAAAAUGAUGGAAAGAUAUGUAAAAAUCUUAUGAUUUGCUUCAUAAUCUUAGUGCUACCACAUAGAGAUUAAUAUAGCUAACAGAACCUCUAAUGAAGUUCCUGAUGUUUUAUUCCUCCUAAAUUCUUGAAUGUUAUAUCCAAACCGCUUGAAAUAUAUCUCACAAUAUGUCCUAUUGGUUCUAUUCAAGAAAAAUCUUGUACAUUCACAUGAAGAAUUUACAGGGAGGUAUAGAAUCGAUGCUUAUUCCUUUAUUGCAUACAUUUUUAGGCUUCCCAAGACCAGGUCUCAAUCUUGCCAAAACUGAUGCUCGUGUAUGGUGAAAUCCCUUAGGGAAUUAAUGGAUUUGUGGUCCUUAAUAACACAUAAGAGUUUUGUAACAUGUUUGGAGUAUUCCUGUGGGUCUUACAAAUGUUCAGAUAUUUGAGUGAAUCUGCAUAAGCUUGGGCAUUUAGUUUUUACAAAGUUGAGGCCUUAUGGUGAAGAGUAAGCUAAAGUUUAAAUAUAUUAAGUUCUUACCUCUUGGCAUAAAAAUAGGCUUUAAAAACAAGAGCUAUAUAUCUGGUGACUAUUUUGUAUUAUGAGAAAAAUACAUUUAAUAAAACAGUUGUACACGAAUUAAAUGUUAUCUAAUAUUAUGUUGUCUUAAUUACUUUUUAAAUAUAGUGUUUGCAUUUGCUUGGUUGCUUUUUAAAAUCCAGUGUUCAACUGGCUAAACUGUCUAGAGUGGAUGGCUGGGAAGCAUUACACAGUGGGUGAUUUAAUCACCUAUGGACAUUUUUAUUAGAGAAGGGGGUUGCUUCGAGUUUGCGGUGGGGGGAAGUUACGUUAAUUAUUCUUGUAUCCUUGUACAUUUGUUCUUUCUGUUGCUCUUGAAUAUUGUAUCAAUGCCAGAACUGGGGAAAUUGAAAAGAGAAACCCCAAUAAAUUGUUACAUUCCAA